AGCAUUAUUCAUGAGAAACGACUCGUCUAAACCAAUCACUGCGCCGUGAUUUGCACGAGCUAUUGCAGUAUUUAUGCGUGCAAAGUGUCACUAGUGUCAUCACUCGGUGUUGUUGUUUAACUUAUAGUCAUGGCUCGUGCAUUGUUCAGUGCAACACAAAAGUGUUAUUUUCGUUUCCCCGCGACGCGACCAGAUGUGAAGUUUGGGUGCAAUGUGCUGGUUUGCGGUGGCCCUCAAACACACACGGAAAAUAUGUUUGUAAGGAACAUUUUUACCGGACACUUUUGUGAAUUGGGGACUAGUACAAUUCGGUUUCGCAGAUCGUCUUCUUUUGAAGAAAGACGCCAUACAGAGUAUACGAAUGGCCAUGUCCACAUUGAAGAUUCCUAUGAUUCAGAUGGGACGUUGUUCCUUACAGAGUCUUUCAAAGUGAUUGUGGAGGAGAUACUUCACAAGGGAACUGACAUAAAAGAGAAGGUAUGUGAGUGGAAAGAUCCAGAUCAGCUAAGAUCUCUACUGGAUCUGGAGCUUAGGGAUCAUGGAGAAUCUCACAAACAGUUACUGAAAAGGGUGAAGGAUGUGGCGAAAUACAGCGUUAAAACUUGUCAUCCUCGGUUCUUCAAUCAGCUGUUUGCUGGUGUAGACUACCAUGCAUUGACGGGACGGUUCCUCACUGAGACGCUCAACACCAGCCAAUAUACCUAUGAAGUGGCUCCAGUGUUUGUCCUGAUGGAGGAGGAGGUGCUUAGGAAGCUUCGAUCUCUGGUUGGAUGGUCAGAAGGAGAUGGAAUAUUUUGUCCAGGUGGAUCAUUAUCCAACAUGUACGCCAUGAGUACUGCACGAUACUGGGCCUUCCCCAAUGUGAAGACACAAGGAUUGUGGGCCAUACCGCGCCUGGCCAUAUUUACAUCACAGCAGAGUCAUUACUCCAUGAUGAAGGCAGCUGCUUUUCUUGGUAUUGGGACGGAGAAUGUUUUUGUCGUGAAGGCGGAUGAGAGGGGCAGCAUGAUACCAGAGGAUCUGGAGGCAAAAAUCGUACUGGCAAAAUCCCAAGAUGCUGUGCCAUUUUUUGUCAAUGCCACAGCAGGCACCACAGUGCAGGGCGCCUUUGAUCCUCUGAACCGAAUCGCUGACAUAAGCAAAAGAAACGGCAUCUGGAUGCAUGUUGACGCUGCAUGGGGUGGAAGCGUGCUGUUCUCCAAAAAACACAGACAUCUGGUCUCUGGAAUCGAAAGAGCCAACUCUGUGACCUGGAACCCACACAAAAUGCUUCUCGCUGGCCUGCAGUGCUCUGUGGUUUUGUUUAGAGAUACCACGGAUCUGCUGAUGCAGUGUCACAGUUCCAAAGCAACUUACUUGUUCCAACAAGACAAGUUUUACGAUACAAGCCUAGACACGGGAGACAAAUCUAUCCAGUGUGGCCGUAAGGUGGAUUGUUUGAAGCUUUGGUUGAUGUGGAAGGCAAUUGGAUCGCAUGGAUUUGCAGAGCGUGUAGAAAAGGCAUUUUCCCUUGCAAGGUAUUUAGUGGCAGAAAUGAAGAAGAGGGAAAAUUUUCAGCUGGUUUCUGAGAGGCAGUUUGUGAACGUCUGUUUCUGGUAUAUACCACCCAGUCUGAGAGGGAAAGAGAACAGCACAGAUUACCAGGAAAAACUAUCAAAGGUGGCACCAAUCAUCAAAGAAAGAAUGGUGAAAUGUGGAACAACGAUGGUGGGCUACCAGCCCAUGGAGGGAUACGUCAACUUCUUCCGGAUGGUUGUUGUUUCUCCUCAGCUCACCACUAAAGACAUGGAUUUCUUUCUUAAUGAGAUAGAGAGACUAGGCAAAGACCUGUAAUUAGUUUAAAUAUGUAUAUUGCCUUGUAGUAGCUAUUUUUACAUCCACUUUUGAAUUGAACAAUUGUAAAAAAAAAAAAACUUAGGAAUCCUUAGAGGUCAAUUAAUCCUGCAUUAUAAUAAGCUUAGAUAUAUGAAGGGGAAGUACAUAAAGUACUCACUGAUAGAUGAUAGUGUGUCCAUUAACUAAUGCACAACACACUGUGCUAUAUUUUUAAAGGGGACAUAUCAUUAAAAUCUGCUUUUUCCAUGUUUAAGUGCUUUAAUUGGGACCACCUAGAAAAUUAAAAAAGAGCAACCCAGUAACUUAGUUUUGGUAAACCAUUCUCUGCAAGCAUGUGAAAAAAGGUCAAUGAAAUUUGGCUUCCCUUGUGAUGUCAGAAUGUGAUAAUACCGCCCCUUAAUCUGCACUAUCCAACCACGGCACUGCCAUUUAGUGCAGAGAUCAGCUCAUUUGCAUUUAAAAGGACACCCAAAAUCAGCACAUUUUUGCUCACACUUACAAAGUGGCAAUUUUAACAUGUUAUAAUAAAUUAUCUAUAUGAUACUUUAAGCUAAAACAUCACAUAUGUACUCUGGGGACGCCAAAGAUUUAUUUGUUCUUAAAAAAAGUCUUGUGAAACGUCUCCUUUAAAUAUAGGACAUGCUUUUGAAGUCAAUGGAUCUAAUAGAUUCUUAUUCAUAUAAAAAUGACAAUCAUUGUUUGAGUUGCUGUAAGUGAUUUAAACCAUGUUAAUUAGACUCCUUCUUUCCAAUGUAUCGUAACAGAGACAUUUUAUACAUGGUAUUAAAUUAAUAAUAUUUUAACAACACAUUUAAGUGUUAUGUUUAAAUAUGCAAUAGCUUUUUCAAAGUUAACAUUUUAUAACAUUUGUCUUUGUCUGUUGUUUAAUUUUUGAUACAAUUGACAAUUCCUGUUAUUUUAUUAUAAUGUUUUGUCCGA